AUGCUCAAGCAAGCCGUCGUCCAGGCACAAAAUGCUGUGGCCUCGACGUCACCGCCACAGCCAUCUUAUAAACAAACGUUGUUUGGAAACAACACAGUCGGUCGCGUUGGGUCGGCACAAGAUUCGGCCACGCGCCCAUUGAAAAAGGCUGUCAGGCAGAACAGCAUAAGGUCACAGCAGCCUUUCAAAUCAGUCACACAGGGCAUCAAGAGGACGUCGAGUGGCCUUGCGAAAUCUCUAAGCUCACAAGAAGACAUAUUCGACUAUCCAACCCUCAAUAUUGCCGGCAUGGAGAAAGAGAAUGAGCUGCCCACUGCCUUUCACAAUUCAUUGCGAGGCGCAUCGUCGAGCCUGGCUACUGCUCUGUUCGACGAGGACGACUUUGAUAGUGACAUUGAUCUCGAUGUCGAAGACCCUGCGACCAAGGGAACCGCUACAUAUCCUACACUUCCGUCAACAACGGCCUCGAAAGACUCUGGAUGUGACUCAAGGCUACAGACCGCUCAGGCCAAGGUUGAGGACAAUAACAGCAGCCAGCCAGUACAGUGGUCAUCGUCGCCGGUGGAACAUUUCAAGACGCCUCCCAAACCUGCAGUCAAGACGAAACGAAGACAGCUACCCUGGCCUGACAUGCUUAGACCUCAGCCUAUCGCAGAGACGUGUGAUCAGAUCGAGUGGGAGGAAGAGGAGGCACAACCAAACAAGAGAAGAGCUCUCGAUCCCGAAAAGGCUGUUGCUACACCAGCGCCAAAGGACUCGACGGCACAGUACCCUUUCAAUGUCACUGCAAGUGGUUUGAAGCAGCAACAAAAGGUGUUUCGAGAACAGAUGAAGGCACAGACUAAAUCGUCUCACGGUGCAGAUGACGCCGUCAAGGAGGCGAUUAAGAAGAAGAAGAAGAACAGCGUGCAUCGCAUCUUCUUGAGUGAGGAGCAACAACAUGUGUUGAAACUGGUGACUGAGGACAAGAAGAGUGUUUUCUUCACUGGUUCUGCAGGUAAGUGA